AUUUAUAAUAUAUGUUUUAUAUGUAUAUAUAUAUAUAUAUAUAUAUAUAUAUAUAUAUAUAUAUUAGAGCACAAAAAAAUUAAAAGGUAAUGUGCUUAUGUUGUAAAUGCAUAAAUAUUGAUCAUUAUAAUACUACAGAUUUUUGAGAAAUUGAUGGUAUACUAUUUGAAACAAGGCUGGCUUUUUAUUUAACCAUUUUAUGAUUUACAAUGUAUGAUUUUAUAUGCAUUUUAGGAUUAGAGAGAUUAAUUUUAAUUAUUUAAAAAAUUCAAUCUUAUACGUUUUUCAUUAUAUGUGUUAUAAACCAGCAAAUACACUUAUAUAUGUAUGUUGGCAAUAAAUAUUUGUAAGAUUUAAAAACAUAUAUAUUUUUAGUAUAUAUAUAAAAGAAAAAAAAACAAAAUACGUCGAGAGUUAAUAUACGACAAAUGAUGCGUAAUGAAAUAAUUUUGUAACAUUUCUUUUUAUCAUUCCUGUCACAAUUUUCUUUUUAACUAUUUACUAAUUUUUUGUCAGUAAUACUGUGAUAUUUCGUAUUUGCUGGAAAUUGAACAGAAACAAUUGUGAAAUAAUUUGUAAAUUUUUUAAAUAUCUGUAUGAAUUAUAAUUGCAAAUACGAUGAUUUCGAUAUUAUGUACAAUACCAAACAAAAAACGUGAAUAUAUUAAUCUAGAUCUAAUUGGAAUUAAAAUUAUUAAUAAAAACGCGAAAUGAUCCACCAAAUAUUUCAUACACUUAUCAUUUCGAGGUAUUUAUCAAUUAAAGAAAUAUAAUCGUAUAAAUAAUAAAUGAUUUAUAAUAUUUUCCGUAAGAUUUGACAAUUUCUUGUUUUUUCUUUCUUUCUUUCUUUUUCUUUUUUUUUUUUAUAGUCUCCCUUUUGUUCCUACGACUCAUUUUUAAUUUGAAACUUUGGAAUGGCAAAAGAACAACUAUGGCAUAGUCUCUGAUAGGUUGUAAACUAUGUCGAAGUAUACAAGUAUACCAUAUAGAUUCUGUUGCUUGGUAACUAAAUUGCCAAACAUUUCUGUACCACGAGACUGAAGUCAUUAACUUGAUAGUUCAGUGUCUCAAACUACUUUUUAAUUCUUUUUCUUCCACAAAAAAAAAGGAAGAAAAAAGAAAAGAAAACUCAUUAAUUUUUUUUUUAUACGCAACACUUUACCUUAUUUAUUUCAUUAUGAAACACAUGUAAUUAUUGGGAUAUAUAUUGUAAUCAAGAAACUAUUUUAAGUGUGUUUAAAAAGAUAUUUUACAGUGAAGUUUCGAACGAACAAAAAUGGUGAGUUAUUUUAUUUUAAUAUACUAUAGUUCUCUUACAUAUAAUUUUUGUGUUAAAUAAUUUCUUUUUUUUUUAAUGGAAUAAAAAUUGGAGAAAAUUGUUUUAUUGUUUUAUGUGAAAUAUUUUUUAUAGGGGCCUAAAAAAGCAAAGGGUAAGGCAAUGGAUACGGUCGACGGGGUGGACACAGCAAAAAUGAACAGAGAACAACUUGAGAUAUAUGCUCAUAAGAUAUUAGAAGAGAUGGAACGUGAAAGAGAGGAAAGAAAUUUCUUUCAAUUAGAAAGAGACAAAUUACGUACUUUUUGGGAAAUAUCGAGACAUCAAUUGGACGAAGCACGUGCCGUUGUUAGAAAUAAAGAACGAGAGAAAGAAGAACUUCAGGAAAAGCACGAUGAAGAAAUGAAAUUGUACAAACAAAAAGUAAAACACUUGAUGUACGAACACCAGACUAAUUUGUCUGAAACAAAGGCAGACCAUUUGGUUGCUCUUAAACUGGCGCAAGAUGAUCACAUAUCUCAAGAGAACGAGCUCAUUAGGGAUAAAAAGGAAUUAAAGAAAGCACAAAGGGAACAGGAAGUGGCUCGUUUGAAUGAAAUGCAUGAAUUGAAACUCCAUCAUGCCGAAGAAAUAAAUAAUAUUAUGAAAAAAUUCGAAUCAGAGGCAAUAGAAUUGGAACAAAAGUACGAGCAAAAAUUAACGAAUCAAUACGAGUCACUCAUGUUGAAACAUCAAAUGGAGAUAACCGAAAUAGAGGAGAGAAAAAAUUUGCAAAUUUCUACUUUGAUUAAAAAUCAUGAAACUGCAUUUACAGAUAUGAAAAAUUAUUAUAAUGAUAUUACUCUAAAUAACUUGUCACUUAUUCAAAGUAUAAAGGAACAAAUGGAAGUAAUGAAGAAUAAUGAGGAUAGAAUGAAAAAACAAGUACGUGAGUUAACAGCGGAAAAUAAACAAUUUUCUACGGAAUUAAAGAGUUUGAGAGAAAAAGUAGCCGAUUAUACACGACAACUUGUUAAUUAUGAGAAAGAUAAGCAAUGCUUAUCCCAUACAAAAAGGAAACUAUCGUUGGUUACCAAGGAUUAUGACAAUUUAAAAUGGGAGAACGAAGUUUUGGAACUACGUUUUGAAAAAUGUCAAUCGGAAAGAGACGAUCUUCAUUCUAGAUUCGUAUCAGCCAUAUUGGAGUUGCAACAAAAGACCGGCCUAAAAAAUGUACUUUUAGAAAAGAAAUUAGAAAAAUUAUCUGAAUUGUUAGAGCAACGCGAAGUUCAGAUUAGCGAAGUCUUGGCUGCUGCUCAUUUAGAUCCUACAGCCGUCAUGAAUGUAAAUAAAAAGUUGGAGGAUAUGUUGAAUCGAAAAAAUACAGCGAUACAAGAUCUCCAAUACGAAUUAGCUAAAGCUUGUAAAGCACACGAUGAUUUAUUAUCAGUAUAUGAAAGUAAAUUGCAAGAGUAUGGAAUAUCUAAAUCUGAGAUUGAAUUUCAACCAUUAAGAGCAAAACUGGUGAACACGUGGACAGGGUCAGGACAAACGGCGAAUUAUGUUACAGCGGAUCGAUAGAUACAUACAUAAAACUAGUUAAUGAAUUUAAUAUAUCUACACGUUUAUUUCUUAUCUUUUUUUUUUCUUUUUUUUUUUCUUACAUGCAAUGUGCAUUCGUGUUCUACUUAGAUAAAGGUGUGUGUAAGUAAAGAUACGACGAUCUUUUUGCUGAUCAUCAUUUACAUAUAUAUAUAUGUAUGCAUGUAGCAAAAAAGAAAAAGAAAUAAGAGAAACAAUUUAAUUCAAUUUAUUUUUAUGUAUAUAUGUACACACUUCGUCGACAUACAUACGUAUCUAUGUACGUACGUAUGUACAUAUAUGUGUACAUACAGGGCGUUCCAAUCUUCUCGAUAUAUUAUAUAAAUCGAUUAAAUUAUUUAUAGAAUUUUGAUAGAGAAGCUAUGGACAAAUUUUUAAUCGAAGUAAAUGAAAAUAUCACAUCACAAUGGA